AUGUUGCUCCCCUCCUUUCGCCUCCAUUAUGACCCGAGCCUACAUCGUGCGCUCUUCAAGGAUACCGAACUCGUCGUCCCUGACCUGGACGUGGAUGUACUGGCAUCUAUCGUGGCGGACCCUGCUGAUGCAGCGAAUGCUCUGCUUGAGUCGUACCGACAACGAGCGCCCGCCGACGUUAACGAAGAGCUGGAAAGUCGCAUUCGUGCUAUUCUUCAUCUGCUCCGGUUCCGCAUGGACGACAUCCCAUCCGACUUGGAACGCGAGCGGGUUCUGCGAGUAGUUGAAGAGCAUCGGGUUAUCCCACUGCUUCUGGAAGUACUAUCCGACAAGGCGUUUUUCGAAGAGAACUUGAGCUUCGUUAUCGAUAUCCUCAACAUGGUUUAUCACGUCUUCGCUAUUGCCCACCAUGCCUCCUUGCCGCUCGACCCCUACUUUGCCGCUCUAGCAUCCGGCUUCUGUGAUAGCCUGCUCCAGCAGCGCGCGUGGUUCGAGGACGUCCGGAAUAGACUGGCUGGCACCUCGCACCACGAGGAGGCCAACCUCCGCAUCCGCAAGGCACUUCUUCCCAAUAUGCUCCUUCUGCUAUCCGAGGGACCUUUCCUCCAAACCCACGGCCUACGUCAAGCCUGCCUUCUUUGCUGGAUUACAAGCCCCUCCCUCGAAGAUCCCGAACACGUCACCCCAAUUCUGGCCCUUGCGUUGCUACAGUAUGUGCUCGCGGGCCCUGACGAUCAAUAUCCUACGCAUCGCGAACUACAAGAUGCGUUUCGCGCUGCAUUCGACCAAUAUAUCAUCCCUUCAUACGGCGCCGCACUCUACUUGCAACAGGCGGCGAAGAUGUUGCGCAAUCAGGAUUCCCUCGGGGAUGACAUCCUCGAGCUCAUCUUACCCGUUAUCACUCUGUCGAUUCUGUGCCACCCGAUGUUGCUCACAGACCCCGCACUAUCGGACGUGCUUAUAGCGAUGCAUGAUCUCUUCAUCCAUCCAGCGAUACAGGCCGUUCAUCGCCGAGAGCGUCGUGUCGCAUUCGAGUUUCUCAAUAUAUGCAUGCGCCUUAUACCAUCCGCUCAGAAUGGACCCGAGUAUCGACCCUCACUCACCACGAUCACUCGCAAUGGACGACUCUUUGAAGUCCUAUCGCGGGUUCUUUGCAUCUUUGUCACGGAUCCUUCCAUGACAUCCACCGCCAGUGCCGCUUCCGACUACCGUCAUUGCCUGGAGUACUUGAAUACAGUGGGCGCGUGGGCUCUAGUGGUGAACACAAAAAGGACGAGGAAUGCUACUCGAAGGGAUAUGCGGAGUGUGUUGCAGCGAAGUUGGUCUCCGACCCUUCGGCUCUUACACGAUACUCUGCGCCAAUCAAGGUGCACAGACGAGCAUGACCGCUUAAUCCAAGGUUGGACUGCAUUAGGAGACGCUUUGGGGCUCGACAAGGGCGAGUUCGAGGCCAACCACCGAAAGCCAGAACACUGCUGCGCGUGGAGGAGAUGCCGCCAUCACUACGAACCAUCCGCUGAACGAUUGAAAGCUUGCAAGGGCUGCGGGGAAGUUAGGUACUGUGGGCGCACCUGCCAACGCCUGCAUUGGGAUGAUAACCACCGCCGGGAAUGCAAGAGGAUUGGCUGGUCGGGGCCGGAGUAA